UAUUUUGAGGGCGUGGUCACUUCAAAAUAUCCUGAGGAUAUAAAUGCUUCGGAUCCCACCUUCCCCAUGACGCCACAGCCUGAGCAGGACGCAAACCACACGGUCCUCACUGCGAUUAACACUUCAUCAAAAUGGUCAAACACAUCGAAAAUGAGGAUCAAUUCAAUCAGGCCUUGAAGGAUGCUGGUGGCAAGCUGGUUGUGGUGGACUUCACCGCUACAUGGUGCCCUCCCUGUCAGAAAAUCGGUCCGAAAUUUAAAAGUCAUUCGGAGAACCCAGAGUUCAGCAGUGUUGUGUUUCUGAAGGUGGAUGUGGAUGAAGCUUCGGACGUUUCAGGAAAAUGCGAGAUCAAGUGCAUGCCAACAUUCCAGUUCUACAAAAAUGGGAAAAAGAUUGAUGAAUUUUCCGGGGCAGAUGAAGAGCAACUGUUGCAGAAACUGCGUGAACAUAAAUGAGUCUUCCCUUCCGACCUCCAGCUAAUAUUCCAAAGUUACUUCUGAAUGAAAUUCCAUUUUGUAUACAAUACACCUUGUGUACCUUUCAGAACAAUAAAUUAAAUGAAUGAAAUAAA